AAAAAGCGUGUUUGUUAUUGAAAUGCGGAAGAUGAUGAUGCGGAAUAUAGCUGCUUCUUCUUCUUCUUAUUGCAGCAGCAGGAGAUGGAGAGGUAUGCCUUGUCUUCACUCUAACUCCACUGUUGUUGUUUUCGCCAACGAUUACUUUGCUUUCCUUCACUCUCAACCUUCUAAACCAAUCAAAUCUACAAGAACCCAACUAGAGCAGCCAGUGAGAAACUCAUCGGAAAUCACAACUGUUGAGGAUGCUUUCAAUGUGUUUGAUAGAAUGCUUCAAAUGCGUCCUCCGCCUUCAGUUGUUCGUUUCACUCAAAUAUUGGGUCAAGUUGCGAAAUUGAAACAUUAUUCGGCCGUCAUCUCCUUGUAUAACCAAAUGGGUGUGUCGGGAAUUGGACCUAAUGUUUAUACUCUAAACAUUCUCAUAAAUUGUUAUUGUCAUCUAAACCAAAUGGGGUUUAGUUUAUCUGUAUUGGGAAAUUUCUUCAAACUUGGUCUUGAACCAGAUGUCUUUACCUUCACCACUCUAAUCAACGGCUUUCUUCUUGACAAUAGAGUGGCGGAGGCGGCAACCCUUCUCCACAAGAUGAUGAGGGGAGGUAAUUGUCAGCCUAAUGUGGUUACUUAUGGCACACUAGUAAAGGGCUUUUGCAUGAAAGGUAACAAUAGUGCCUAG